AUGGCUUUCCAGCAAGAUAUUGGGAAACCAUGCCUCACCUGUGGGACUGAAUGCUCUGGAUUUUCUUUACAUGCUUGGAGGUAAGAAGAUUUUUGUUACAUAAAGCAAAAAGGGCUACCUGCACUGGAUGCCAUUGCUCUUAUGACAAGCACGACGUUACGAAUUUCUCGCAUGAAUCGUUUAUAAAAGAAUUGGAGUUGAGUGACACAACUUUACUGGCCUCAUAUGAGGUGGCUGAAAACACAGCUGCAGAAAAUGGCCUGACAUGGCUCCCGGUGGGCCUGAACUCGUCUGAGGUGGGUCCAUACACAUUGGAUGCUUCAAACUUGUGUAGCUUAUAUCAUUUCAUUAACACAUCAUUGUUUAAUUUUACACAUUUCCGCCGAGGGCUUAGAUAUGUUUAGUAUGUUGGGUAUGCGUGGAUAGCAAGGUGGUUGAAGUUAGCAGUUUCGAAGUGCGUUAAGGAGUGCCUGUAUUUCUUGAAACUUUAACUUUAACGACGAGAGCCAAAGGCUCAGCAACGUAAAUGCUCGUGCGAGUCUGCUUAUAAAUGCGUUAACAUAGUUCUGUUAUUUGGAACGAUCGCAAAUUACAUUCACGACAGCAGUUGACUUAAAUCCUCUAAUGCCUAGCAGCCACGAAAGUCGUCCAGUGAGUGCUAAGAGCAGCCAGAAGGGUCAAGUCAUUAUUGCAUGUUUGGAUCUUGGUCCACGGAUCAGUUUUCCACUGCAAGUUCUCCGGCGACUGUUAUGAAGAAGACUUAAAUGUAAUCUUUUCCCGUCAUCUCGUGCAGUGUUGAAUAUGGACAGGGUUUCGCCUAUGUUAGACGCUCAUUUUCAUGCAGCUCACAUGAACAAACAUCCUCAAGGUCUAUGCUCACUUGGGCCGGACUCCGGUCUGUAUGCCGGUGCAGUGAUGUACUUCGGUAACACUUCUUUGUGUUCGCGCCCACGUUUUAUCCGGAGUAUGCAUACACGAAUUUCGAAAUGACUGUUUACAUUCUCCCAUCAAGCGUCGUGGCGUUUAGCGACCCAAGUUGUAUCAUUCAUCGGCGUUUACUUGACUCAAGCCUUUCUGCUUUCUGGUUACUAACUCGAAAUAUUCACAAGUCAGCAGACAUGUCGCCCAGCUCCCAACUUACAGGCUAAUUGUCCAUCUCCAACAUUCUGUGUUUCGUAGCCUAGCGUCUCAGACGUUAACACUCAGCAUGUUUGACGCGGACCUAUAUCCUGUGUUCAGGGCGCCUGCGAAAUUAUCCUAUUUUUCGUCUUGUCCCUCUAAUUUUGGAAGUAGUUCUACUUAUAUAUUUGCAUAAUUGUCUGAAAGCAUGGAACAUUUUCUGGUCUUUUAUCCUCGCUGGUGUUUACGGCCACACUUCCUCUACCUGGCUACCUGAAUAAUUUGUACGCGCUCCAGUUGUUCGUAGUCCUUAAGCUCUGCCAGAAGCAAUUACUUUUAUGUUGACAUUCGACGGUACCACAUAUGCUUGCACCUUUUGUCAGGCGUCCCCACCUUGUUUUUAUGACGCACUCAGACUGAAGCACUGUCGUAGGGUUGGUGUGACAGGAAUGUUGAUGAGCUAUAAAUUGCCUUGUAAAACCGCUUUGGAGUAGGUCUGCAGAUGCUGUUUCAUCAUGAUAGCUGUUCAGCUGCACUCUUUGGCGCAGAUCUGGGUAGAAGACCACUCAGACCGGAGCGUCACGAUCCUUGUGCCUGUCCCUAAGACCACGGAUCGCUGCUCAAGAAUUACUUUGGGCUCGAUCUCAACAUUACCUCUCAAGUCUUCGUCUUCCUUAAUCGCCCCAGCUUGCGUAAUGAAUCGCCGUGAAGAAAACGUUAGUUUGAUCUUCGUCGCGGGCGGGCUGUGUAGAUCAGCACCUCUAAUUUCUGCAACCCUUCUAAUGCCGCGCUCUGUACCUAGUGCACGCUUGGGGUACUUUCCCCUUUUUACUGCUCAUGGGAAUUCCCCAUAACCAGCCAUGCUGUAGGGUUGCAUUUUACGAGACCUUUUAGGCUAAGUCAAGCCCACCUACAAGUGCAUCCUAACCAGUUAUUAGAAAGGGUCGGAAUUCGCCUGAAUAAUAAAAAGGUUGAUUUAUUUGAUGUCACUAGUUUUUUUUAUUAGACUGUGUUUUGUAAACGCAGCUACGUGAGUGUUCCUUUGACAAGUGAUAGUUGAUAAUCCGGACGUUGCAGCACGUUGUGACCGGUUUGUUACUAAUAUUAACUAUGCAAAUUACGUUGUAGUGCCAGCGAGCCCCCUCGCAUACGUGAAACGCUCUGGGCCCGAAUAGGCAUAAAUGUAAUUGGACACGCUGAGGCCUCAGCCGAUCGCCUCGGAUCUCUCAUCAUGAGUCUGUUAUGACAGACGUUGGAACUUUUGUGGCAGUAGGCUGUCUUAGAUGACUUGGAAGAAAUUCCUUGCCACACAACCAAAGUCACGAAACAGUUUCUCCAUUUAACCCGGAACUGAGUCUGACGAGCUACACGUCGAUUUAACCAAUUAAAAUCGUGGGUUAAACUGGCAAAAAUAGACGCGGGUCGCACCUCUGGACUCCACAUUCUACAGUUUCCAUAGCUUUCCAAAAGUUUCAAACAAACCGGUGACUGCCUCCAAGCGCUGCCGUCUAACAUGCUAGUUUUUGAGUUAACACAACAAGUAGUAAGCAAAUAGAGAAGUACUUAUUGAGUCGUAUCUGCUCUCGACUACCUGAUUAAACAGUGUAGCUCCGUUAGUCUUUUACUCGCGGCUUUUUAAACGUUGACUUUUAACCGAAAUAGUUCAGUUGUAGACAAGGCUGUGCAUUCAUAGUUAGGUAGCUACCACUACCUAUCUCUGUGCCUUCCAGGCGAUAUUCUUGUUUGAUUGUUUACGUAACACCGAGACUGGUACCUACAAAAACGUCACCUGUAACAUUUUUAGACCUGUUUUGCCAUCACAUACGAAAGUCAUAUACUGAAACUAUAAUUUUGAAGUGCACAAGCAGCCUGCUGGCUUCGCUCCACUAAGAAUGGCGCUACCUUUGGCAAUAUGCUAACUGGUUACGUCAUCCAUUGGUUUCGAAUGUGUCAUCAAGGCAGACUUCUGUUACUGUUGCCUGAAUUGGUGUUAUGCUAAUUUUCCCCUUAGGCGCACCAGGAUUUUCAGCUUGGGUCUUGGAUAGCAGGCGGGUAUUUUCUAAGUGACGUAGUUUGUUAAUUCACCGAUGGCGACUGCUACAGUUCUCCAUGUCGUACUGUACUGUCAUUCUCGUGAAUUACUGUUGCGCCUCGCCACAACAUGGCGCUCGGUGUGCCUCAGUUGUUCAGUGCCACACCCAGUCAUCGACUGUGUGAGCUGAAGGUAAGACGAUAGCGCCCUCGAACUUGACUGCUGGACACAAUCGAUCAGCGCACAGCAUUAUAUUCGAAAGUGUCCUUUCAUAGACUAAAUACUGUUUUAUAAAUUGACGCUAUUAAUAAUGAACGGCAGGUUUCUCUCUAGUUAUUUUAUUUUUGACGACUCCUGUCUCAGUACCCUUGUUGAGUCACUACAUCACGCCAGUAAAGACGCAUGUUUUUCGCUGAAUAGUACAUGUCAAACCUUGUGUACUAGGUAAGCGAACGCUGAAUUUGCAGUUAUGCAUGCGCUGUGACUGUUCUGAAUCUGACUGCAGCUUCUUUUUUGAUUGCGCAACAGAUCGAUGCAUUCAUUGCCAGCCUCCCUUCCUCAGAAGUCCCUCGUGGUGAAGCAAACGCUGCACUGCGUCAGAAGCGCAUUCGCCGUCAAAUUCCUCCACAAGACAGAAAACCAGCUGCCUCUCUCAGCGCUGUGAAAUUAAAUUUGCCCCCUGACGCUGCCGCUGGAAAUCUUGAUGGUGAAAUUCGAGAAGCUACGCGGUUUCAGAAUUCGCGUAACCGUCGCGAUUUCGGCCUCGGUCGUGUGGAUCGCGUCACCGAUAAAGCUGGAUUGGUACUACCACUUUUCGAUUCCUAGGCGUACAUGUCUUUCUACAUAAAACAUCUGUGAUGGUCUGGGAAGUGGUGCUUCAGGAGAAGUCCAACUUCAAUAAUUUUGUAUAGGACUUUCGUCUGUAUUACAUGUUGACCUAAGAUAUAAUCGUAUUUUGUUUAUCUCUGAGAUAGUGAUAUAUGACGGUUCUCAUACAAGCUUCUAUCCUUAUCCAGCUUGCCCUAGUAGCAGACCAUCACCCUGGUGUGCACACCCAACUGUAAAAAGUAUGACUACUAUUUUCAAAUAAGUAACUAUUUAUAUCAGCUUUAUUUUGGACGGUGUCUUUAAUGGCAGGUUGGUCUUUGUAUGGACCUAUCAGUCUAGUAGGACCCUUUAGUGAUAUUUUUUGGUGACCCAUCAACUCAUUACUCGCCCUAAGCCCUGCGCAGAAUGCUCGGAGACUAUCGGGUUCCGUGACUUCUGUGUCCGUGUUCGACCCGAACACCGUCCAGCCGAGGCUAACGACAGUGAACAUGCACCUGCCUGGCAUCCCGGCUGCUUCCGAUGUUCCAACUGCACCGAGCAUCUGGUUGACUUUGCAUACGCCUGGCUGAACGGAAAACCCUACUGCCUUCGUCACUACGGUCAGAUGAUUCGCCCAAGAUGCGCCACUUGCGAUCACGUAAGUACGCGUUUUCUACAGUUGGUAACUCCUGAUCCAGAUUAUUGCUGACAUACUGCAUAGCACCAACUAUACGUUAUUUUGCCUUUUAAAAUUCUCUAGACUUCUCCAAUGCCUACAUUCCAAAGUUAGCCACAACCGCACAUGUUUGGUUGGUUAGUGUUAGGGCGAUCGCUGAGCCUUUUUCCGAGUUGUCGUCUUUUGGGGUUGUCAAAGUAUAUCCUGACGUAUUCAUGUGCUUUUUGUUUUCUAAUUCACAUUGCGUAAUUCGUGUGCUUGCCUAGAACAUGUGUUGUCGGCGGCCGGCUUCGUGUGAAACUCACUCGUGCAUGUCGCACGCACUUGGUUAGCAGGACGUUAUCACCGUAAUGCUGCGCCAUCGCCCGGUUAGCCAGUUAAAACGUAGAAUAAAUUGUGAACUGUCUGCUUGCGGAGCGCGCCCUCGGACGCUUAGUUUCGUGCGUGGGCGCAUGCGUCUUUACGUCUACUAGCGAGAGCGGAGGCGUGCGCGCGCGUCUAGGAGAGGGGGAGGGGACACGGACAACGGUUAGGAGAUUCACUGUUCAAAGCGCGCCAAAUGGCCACGCGACUGCGCCAGAUGCGUCAGUGUGUCCACACGGACAGUGGUGUCCCUCGGCAGGCAGCUCUGUGGUUAGUUAGUUCUAGCUGCCAUCCGCCCACACACCUCUUCCAGCCAUUGAUUUUUACCUGCUGAACUUUGUCUCCACCUCAUUGGGUAGUUCUGUCCGUCCAAUUAGGAUUUUCUGUACGCGCUCUUCGCCACCUGACACUCCCAGUCACGAAGCCAAAAGCACUAGUGGCCGUGGGUUUCAGCCCGAUUUGACAAAAAACCAGGUAACAUACGUUAGUUCACCGUAUUUUUUGGUACCCGCUAGCACCAGACUGGAUAGUAGUUACUAUUUCGCAUAAGAUGGAAGGUGGUUGAGAACUUAUUUGCAGUGUUUUUCUUGGGGGGAUUUUUCUUCUGUUUCCUCUGAAAAAGUAGUCUUUUUGCUUUAUUGUUUCUUCUGCACAUUGAGAAUUCCACUUGAUUCACCCGUUGUAAGCUCCAAAUUCCUAAAUCUACGUGGGUGUUCACCUUGGAAACCGGUUUUCCAAAGAUGUUAUGGGGACAUAGUUGAUCAGGAUUGCUGCUAUUAGGUGGAGAAGCUUUAAUGUGACUACAUACAUUUUUAGUAACCAUCUAGUCAUCGGUCUGUGCAACUCAUGGUCUUUCAUUCACCUGUUAUAGCUAAUAUUUUCCGAGGAAUAUACACGUGCCAUGGAUCAGGAACACCACACCGGUCAUUUCGCCUGUCGCAGUUGCGAUGUCUCCCUGACAGGACAGCGUUACAUAUUACGUGAUGAGGAGCCACACUGCCUCGCCUGCUACGAGGCCAAAUAUGCUAACACUUGUGAACAGUGCAAAGAGAAGAUUGGUUGCGACUCCAAAGUGAGUAACUCUUGAGCAAUCUAUUUAGCUAAUGCUUUAAUGCGGGGCUGAGCUCCUAUGGUAAAGUUUCUAGCCUUAUUUCUGGCGUUUAAACUCAUACUCUGCUUAUCACUAUGCCCAUACAAGUGGGUUGCGAUCAUCUUCCUCCUCCGAUGCCACUCUGUGCCCGCAUGACUUCCGCUUACUCCCACAACUUACUUUGUCGUGAAAAUUUUCAGUCCCCUCCGGUGAGUCUCCUGGAAUUAUAACCGGGUGCCUGUAUGUGAGUCUCUGCGUGCCGCUUUGCAUGCCGAAUCUGAGUUCUCAGCAUGUGGCCUAAUAUUAGACUAGCACUCAGUCAAUCCCUAAUUCGGUCUCUUGUAAUUGAUUGUUUGAGUGUGCUGUUUCAUGUCGUAAACUGUGUACCUCCGUUCAAGCUGCAGUUUAAACCACACAGUAAAUUACAACUAAACUCUAUUCGCAUUCCAGCCCAUUGUUUUGCUGUCUAUUUUCGCUGAAGCGAACCUUGUGGGCAGUUGUUAGUACAUGAAGAAGAAGACACGAUCGCCGGGACAAGCCUGACGUUUCGGAUUCCUGCUCGAAUCCAUCAUCAGAGACAAAAGCAGAAAGGGUAGGACUCGUUUCUUCGCUUCUAUUGGCAGUUGUUAGUACUCCCGUGUCGCCCCUCCCUGGCGAACCGGUAUCAAUUCCAAACAGUCGUCACUGAAAAGGUGCUGAGCCAAUGUACAUAAGCUGUUUUUUUUGUUGCAAAAGAAUACUAUGCGCCACCACCGCAUGUAGCGGAUCUCUUGCGUCACAACCACUAGUUAGCUGCAUGCCUACCGGCAUCUGUAGUAUUAGAGCGAUUAUAUACGGAGAAGGACGAAUUGUCAUGGUCGUGGAACCAGGCUGAGUUUGUAUUCUCUCAUAAUGAUUCCGGCAUGUUGAGGGCUUAGUUGUGUCUAGCAUUCUCAGUCCGCAUUUCGAUGUCUUCAGGCAGGUAUGCGAACACAUUGUGUCGACCGUUCAAAACAACCUGUUUUUGUUCUUGAUUGUCCUUGUAUGGCCGCGUAUGCUGUUGUCUAUACGGGUUUAAAAAGUAUGCAAUGAAUUGCGUCUACUGACAUAGACGCUGUGGUCGUGCGAAAUAAACCACCCAGUCUUUUUUUAGGGGAGGCCUCACACCCUGCCAGAUAUUCGCAUUUUGUCUUUGGUCGUAUUUCUGCGUUUUUGUUGUCCCUGUCGUUCACUCUCAUCCGUCACCUGAGCUCUGCCAUUCUAUAUAACCGUUCAAAUUUGCAUUCCCUCUCACGCGAAGUACAAUUCUAGUUUCAUUCGCCAGUGUUAACUCCAAUGCGUGCUAGUGUCGAUGCACUUAUUAGAUUCUUUGUCUCCCUCCUCGCCCAAAUCUGUUUGCAGGACCUCUCCUUUAAGGAGCGCCACUGGCACGAGAAGUGCUUCAAAUGCUCCACUUGCUUCACCUCUCUCGCUGAUCGGCCUUUUGCGACCAAGGAAGACCAGCUUUACUGCUCUGACUGUUACGAUGAACGCUUCGCCGCCCGUUGUGAUGGCUGCCAGGGUGUCUUCAAGGCUGGUAUGCGGAAAUACGAGUACAGAGGGCAACAGUGGCACGAGGAGUGCUUCGUCUGCGUCGAGUGCAAGCAACCCAUCGGCGCCAAGAGUUUUAUUCCACGCGAGAAUCAAGUGGUUUGCGUUCCCUGCUACGAAGCCAAAUACGCUCAGCGAUGUACAAAGUGUACAGAGGUUAGAUGCUUCUCACCGUUCUUUGAUACCUCACAGGUUUGGUCGCCAUUUAAACGGGAACUGAUUUUAAUCCAUAAACACUAAUUUUGAAUGAGUAGUCGAUAGUUUCUCACUAGGCCGUCCAAUAUCUACCUGUGAUCGCAGUAUGACUUACACUGUCACUGAUAACAGCGGAAUGCGAGUUUUUGAAGAUCUAGAAUUUUAUAAAAAAAUAAAUUUGUCGCAACUUGGUUCCAGAUUUUUAUGUUAAUUUUUACCCUUUCCCUUUAACUUGUAAGCUGGACAUUUUUUAGGUCAUUCGCCGUGGCGGCGUUACCUACAAGGGCAAUCCGUGGCACAAAGAAUGCUUCACCUGCACUAGCUGUGGAAAGCAACUGGCUGGCCUUAAAUUCACCUCUAAGGAUGAACAACCUUACUGCGCUGACUGUUAUGGUGAACUCUUUGCUAAGAAGUGCACCAAGUGUUCGAAGCCCAUUACUGGUAAGUUACGCCUUUGACCAUCUACUUCACCCUCAACACUCCCCCAUGGUUACUAGCUCAUGGUAGAAUAGCCUAACGACAUUUUUUAGAAACUGCAGAUAAUUAGAAUCAAAUCGAUAUCCAAGCAGCCCCUCUCGCUUCGAGCAUUUGCCUUGUCAUGCUUAAAAAAACUUAACUCCUCAAGUCCCAGAACUGGAUCUAAGCUGACUUGACCUCAGUCGCCCAAAUAUCUUGCAUUGACACGAAGUGCACAAGUCGUUAAUCCCUCGCAUUCCUUUGCAAAUAAUUGCUCUACUUUACCAGUUUAAAUCGUCCAUGAAAUUUCGUAAAGAAGCUUCGACGAAAUUCCCUUAACUACUGUUUGUCCUUCGGCUUCCUGACGAAUCUCCAGUGUUCUCCCUCGAGUUUGAUAAUAUUGGCUUUUUACAAAGGGACGUAGAUCCUUUGUUGCAUACAUCGUAGUGCUUGAAUCUCACUCCUCUAUUCCCCAUCCUAGUUCGGCUACACCGCGGUGGCUGAUAGUGUUUCUAUCUUAAUUGUAGGCUUCGGCGGCUGCAAAUUCAUUUCGUUUGAGGAUCGGCAUUGGCAUUCUGAGUGCUUUGCCUGCAGUAAAUGCAACUGCAACCUCGUCGGACGAGGCUUUUUGACUAAUGAGGACCAGAUUAUGUGCUCCGAUUGCGGUCGAUAA